AUGGCGUCUCCUCUGCAGUUUGCAUACCGGACCCAGAAGGCCAUCGGCGUCACCGACGCUGCGCCUGUUUACGAGACCCUGCCUGGGUUCGUCAAACCCGAAGGGAACUUGCGUUGCAUACUAUACUCGCCAUGUGGCCGCUACUUUGCCUGGGCCACCAACGACAGCGUCGGCAUUGUUGAUGCCUCCAACGGCAGUCUCCUGACUACGGUCGCAGUCACCCAAGUCUACGAGGUUGCAUUCUCACCCCGUGGAACCUACUUUAGCACAUACGAACGACCGGCCAAGGACGAAGCUGGCGAUGCCACCAAGAACCUGAAGAUCUGGCGCGUGGUCGAGGAUGUCGCCGAAGGUUCUGAGAAGCAGCCCAUCGGUCGGUUUGUUCAAAAGUCCAUGUCAGGCUGGAAUCUACAGUACACCUCCGACGAGAAGUUCUGCGCCCGGAGCGUCACCAACGAGGUCCAGUUCUACGAGAGUCACGAUCUCAAGACCGUGUGGAAUAAGCUGCGCGUUGAAGGCCUUACCGACUUCGCUGUUGCACCCGGCAAAAACCACAACGUCGCCGUUUUCAUCCCCGAGCGCAAGGGUCAACCCGCCGCUGUCAAGGUCUUCAACGUUCCCGAGUUCACAAGCCCGAUUUCUCAGAAGACCUUUUUCAAGGGCGACAAGGUUCAGUUGAAAUGGAACAGUCUGGGAACGGCCCUGAUUGUGCUGGCACAAACAGAUGUGGACAAGUCCAACAAGAGUUACUAUGGUGAGACCACCAUGUAUCUCCUCUACGCCAAUGGUGGAUUCGACGCCCGCGUUACUCUCGACAAGGAGGGCCCUAUUCACGACGUCACCUGGUCUCCUAAUGGCAAAGAAUUCGGAGCCAUCUAUGGCUACAUGCCCGCCAAGACCACCAUUUUUAACCAGCGUGCUGUUCCGAUGCACUCUUUCCAGAUUGCACCCCGUAACACGUUGAUCUUCUCACCGACUGGUCGUUUUGUUCUGGUCGCUGGUUUUGGAAACUUGGCAGGUCAGAUUGAUGUCUACGACAUGGAGAAGGACUACCGAAAGAUUUGCACUAUCGAGAGUGGCAGCCCCAGUGUCUGCCAGUUCAGCCCCGACAGUCGCUAUAUCAUGACCGCUACCACCUCGCCCCGGCUUCGCGUUGACAAUGGUAUCAAGAUCUGGCACGUCGGAGGCACCAUCAUGUACAAUGAGGACAUGGUAGAGCUUUACAACGUGGCCUGGCGACCCAUGCUCCCUGAGAACCUCCCUACUGCGGAUCCUCUGAACCCUAUCCCAACCCCCCACUCUUCUGCAGUGGCAUAUUUGGGCACAGUCAAGACUCCUUCCAAGCCCGUGGGUGCAUACCGACCUCCCGGUGCUCGUGGCUUGGCAACUCCUCUCCAUUUCAGACGCGAGGAUGAAGGCGGCGCUGCCCAUGUUAUGAGCAACGGAGCUGCCAAUAUUGGCCCCAAUGGCUUUGGCCGAUCUCGCCGCCAGGUCCCUGGAGCCGAGCUUUCGGAGUCUGGCCCUCGUUCUGUCCCUGGUGCUGCUCCGGCUGUCCCUGGACUCGACGGCGAUGACCUUUCCAAGGCGGCGUCCAAGAACAAGAAGAAGCGAAACAACAAGAAGAAGCAGGCAGGUGAGGGUGGCGAUGCUACUGCCAACGCUGGCGGGCUUGCUCCCCCGCCUAAUGAUCAGGGUACAGGCUAUGCCAAUGACGGCCGCAGCCCUGAUCGUCGUGGCAAUCGCAACCAUAACCAACAGAGCCGCAGUCGCUCGCGAAACAAUGCGCACGGAGGUAACAACCCGGGCCGUCAACGCAGCAACACCGCACGCAACGGUGAAGGCUAUCAGGUUCGUGAUGGAGGUGCUCCGUUGAAUCCUCAGGUGCAGACCUCUCAGAUUCCUUCCAUUGCUGAGACUCCUCUUUCGCCUGGCAGCCAGAACCCCAUGGCAAAGAAGCUUCGCAGCUUACAGAAGAAAGUUAGAGCCAUCGAGGAUCUAGAGAUGCGUCAUGCCGGAGGUGAGAAGCUUGAGGAUACUCAGAUCAAGAAGAUCUCUACGAAGUCCUCAGUACUUAAGGAGCUCGAGGUCCUCGAAAAGCAAGGCAUCUGA